AUGACGAAGCGCUUCCUUGUGCUCGUUUGCGCCAUGACUGGUGGAAGUGCCGCUCUUGUAGCUCCAGUAGCCGAAGAGCACCCCGAGGCGAUGUCAGUGAGUCCGCACCCAGCUGUACGGAUUGAACCGAAGGACCGAAUGAUGAUCAGCGCUCCUCUCGAAAACGCCGGUGAAGAAAGGGCAUUUCCUGGACGUGGAACGGCUGAAAAUACUUUGCUUCUGCCUGAACGCAUUCCUUGGGAGAAGUACAUUCUUCCGCCAGAAUCGACAGGAAGGAUGAUCAAGUGGGCAAAAAGAUUGCUUGGAAAACCGGUUGGAUCGUCGCAACAACCCAGUGGAUUUAAUAAAAAGCGUUUUCGUGAGAUCAUGCAUGCUGUAAGUAUGCGAAAUACUGAAAUGUCGUGCGUCUACCUGUUUCAAAAACAAAUAAUUCCACUGCAUGUGGAAUACGGGUUAGGGUUGGUAAAAAACCGCAUUCGCUCUGAAGAUGGUAUUGACGUUGAUAACUUUGUUGUGAAUUAUAAAAUCUAUUACGGUUUGCAUACAUAG